UGACCUACACAAAGACACUUGGUUUUUAGGCCCAGGUCACAACAGUAAGCCUUGCUGUGCUCUUGCUGCCAGUCCAGGCCACAUGUGGCAGGCAUGUGGGGCUCUCUUUGGCCACCUCUGGCAACUGCUUUGGAGCCACAUUUGGUUGGCAACUCUGGGACAUGCCUGGCAUGUAUAUAGCUCAUUUAUCAUCAUAAUUGUGCUUUUCCCAGCCAGAGGUUUUGUAAACCUGGCCAGGCAUCUGUAUGAGCCUAAAAAGACCAGUGGCUUGUUUCAGGGUCAGAAGGGGCUUGUGGAAAUUAGUCCCUUACUUGAGUACCAGCAGACACCAGAGAUGGCUAGCCCCUUCCUCCAUUAUGGACAUGACCCUGAGGAGAUUAGCCCUGUGCUCCGAUACCUACAACAUCCUGAAGAAUUUACUGUCUUGUAUCAACAACCACCAAAGUCUGAGGCAGAGAUUGAUACUGCAAUCCAGCAGUCAGAGGAAAUCAGUCCUGUGCUCCAGUAUCUACAACAGCUGGAGGAAAUUGGCAGCAACCUGCUUCAACGGGACAGCUGCCACAUAUCUUCCUGCCCAAGAAUUGUCAACAAACUGGAGACUCAGGUGCCCAUGGACACAGCCUUCCCAAUGCCUGCCAACACAUAUCAUGUAAACAAAGUGACCUAUCGUCCAGCAGAAAAUCCUGGCUAUAAAAACAAGGAGCAGGUCACAUACAACAAAGCUGGGGUGCCAUCCAGCAAAGCACUUCCCUCAAGGACCUCCAGUGCAAGCUCUUGGGACAGCUCCAAGAAUCUAGAAGGAGAUAAAACAAGAGACGAAUUCCUCUGCCGGACACCUCCUUCCACACAGCACUUUCCAGCAAAAAGCCACAAUAAACAGAACCACAAUUCCAAAGCUCCUGCUGUCCAAUAUAUUCACCACGAAUCACCUAAAAUAUGUGUUGGAAGAAAGGAUAGCUUUGACAGCAAAAUUUGUCUUGGAAAUCACCAGAAGGGAAGGGCUGUGGGUUCCCAAGACCAUGCCAAGUCUGUCCAAGAAAAAACAGAACCCAUCAGUUUUAAUUCAGCUGAAUCAACAGGCAAAUUACAUCAUUCUGUACGAACUGAGUUGCUCAGCUCCCCCACAAAAAACAUAAAGAGCAGCUAUGAAGACACUGAAGAAGUCAAGACUGUUUUGAAUGCCAAAGACUCCUUGGCUUCAGGUAUACAAAAUGUUAAAGCGGAAGGGAAGUCCCUUCAGGAAAAGAAAAACAGUCUGGUGCCUGCCAAUAUCAAAGCCAAAUAUGGCACCACAGUAGUGGAGAAGCUGAUAUCAGAGGAACAGGCACGGCGUGCUCUUUGUGAAGCUGGACUGAUCCAAGGACAGAAAAGACUCAGUGACUGGCCAUUCAAAACUCUUGAGAACCCUAUGACAGCUUCACCUUAUGCUGAUUAUUAUGAACUGGGUUAUAAUCUGAGAUCCAACAUUUUCCAAGGCGGACCAUUAGAAACUAAAAGCUUGAUGAAAGAUUCUUAUACUCCUGAUGUAAUAAAGAGGGCAGUACGAGAUCCCAAACGUUGGCAUGGAAGGAAGACUGAUGAUCUAGGGAGAUGGUUCCAGAAAAAUGCCCUCAAUCUUAACCUGCAGAAAGCUUUGGAGCAAAAAUAUGGGGAAAAGAACAAAGGCAGCAAAUCCUAAAAAGGCAUUAAAGAGGCAUAUGAGCCCUUGGUGAAAGUUAUCUGCCUCUCCCUCGCAGUGAAAUAAAUCUCAUUGCAGUCUCUGUC